AUGGACUCUUCUCUCGAAAGUUCAGUUCGCCUUGAUGUGGAUGCAAGUGUUAAUCUGAAAGUUGACAGAUUCGAUAUAGGGAGAAUCACUCGUGAUGAUCAAGCGAGAGUGCGAGCCGGCGAGCGGCGAGCGUUGAGCGGUGAGGCAGCGGCACAGAGAGUGACUCCGAGCGGCAAAGCAGCUUCCAUUCCGGUAUACUUCUCAUGUCUCACAAAAUCUGAAGACUUACAAAUAUUCGAAAUGGCAUUGACAUUAUUUAGAGGCGUGAGACCAAAUUGUUUCCAGUUGUACUCAUCAGUAUAUGUUGCUAGAAAACAUGGUGUACGAUGCUGUAGCACAAGAAUUCCGGAAGCACAAACAGCCACACAACAACCAAAGAACCACACUCAGCUAACAUCAUCACCCCUGAAAAAAUCACAGAAAAUUGAAGAAAUAUUGAAAAAUUAUGAGGCGGUCAUAGGUAUUGAGACCCAUGUCCAGCUUUCCACUCACACGAAGGCCUUCUGCUGCUGCCCUUACAAUUAUGGGGCCCAGCCAAACAGCAGUAUCUGUCCGAUUUGCAUGGGGCUGCCCGGAGCACUGCCAGUGCUCAACUCAAAGGUGAUAGAGUAUGCGGUCAAAGUGGGCCUUGCACUCAACUGCAGACUUUCUCCGGGUUCCAAGUUUGAUAGAAAGCAGUACUUCUAUCCUGACCUCCCAAAAGGUUACCAAAUUUCACAGUUUGAUGUCCCUAUUGCCAGCAACGGCUAUUUAGACGUUGAUCUUCCAGUCGAGUUUGGUGGCGGGCAUCGAAAGUUUGGCAUCACACGGGUUCAUAUGGAGGAGGAUGCCGGGAAGCUGCUUCAUACUGGGAACGGGAACUUUUCUCAGGUUGACUUGAAUAGGGCAGGAGUGCCGUUGCUUGAGAUUGUGUCAGAACCUGACAUGAGAACGGGUAUUGAGGCCGCCGAAUAUGGUGCUGAGCUACAGAGACUAGUUAGGUACCUUGGAGUGAGUAAUGGCAACAUGCAAGAAGGCUCCCUCCGUUGUGAUGUCAACAUCUCUGUUCGCCCGAUUGGGCAACUCGAGUUUGGUACCAAGGUUGAGAUAAAAAACCUGAACUCAUUCUCAUCAAUUAGUAGAGCCAUUGAUUUUGAGAUAUCACGGCAAGUUCAGCUUCACAAUCAAGGCCAGGCUAAUCAGAUUGUGCAAGAGACUCGUCUCUGGGAGGAAGGAGCUCAGAAAACAGUAACAAUGAGAAAGAAGGAAGGACUUUCUGAUUAUCGAUAUUUUCCAGAGCCUGAUCUUCCAGGAGUUAAUCUCAGUGAGGGGUACAUUAAUGGAAUUCGUGAUUCGUUACCCGAAUUACCUGAAAUGAAACGUAGAAGAUAUGAGAACUUUGGAUUGAGCAUGCAAGAUGUUCUUUUUCUUACAAAUGACGUUAGUGUAGCAGCAUUUUUUGAUGACACAAUUGCAAAAGGUGCUGAUGUUAAACUUGCUGCCAAUUGGAUAAUGGGUGACAUUGCUGCUUAUAUGAAUAAUGAAAAGCUAUCUAUCAACGAAAUUAAACUUACCCCUGAUGAAUUGGGAGAGCUCAUAGCCUCAAUCAAAGGCGGAACAAUUAGUGGAAAGAUUGGCAAAGAGAUACUGCUUGAGUUGAUGGUCAAGGGUGGAACUGUUAAAGGACUUAUCAAAGAAAAGGAUUUGGUUCAGAUCGUGGACCCGGUCGAGAUCGAGAAAAUAGUGGAUAGAGUCCUUGCGGACAAUCCAAAACAGUUACAACAAUACCGAGGUGGUAAAACUAAGCUACAAGGCUUUUUUGCUGGGCAGGUAAUGAAAGAAACAAAAGGCAAGGCGAAUCCCGGGCUUUUGAACAAGAUACUUCUCGAGAAGUUGAAUUCAAAAGCUUGA